GGGCAGGGAAGCUGUCUUAGCCACUUUUUUCCCUAGAGACCUGCCUGUUUCUUCAAACAUUUUCUGGGACCCUGCCCUGAGGUUUCAGCUUUCCCAUUGCUGGCUGCCUGAGGUCCCAGCACUUAGGAUAUGAUUCUUCUUAGGCUAGUCAUCCUCAUCCUUACCUCCCCACUCAAGGACGGGCAUCAUUUCCAUAGCAGAUUUCCAGGCCACUGUUGUAAGAUCCGUGGUUACUGCUAAGAAGGCAGUUGUGUACAAGUCUUGCCUGACAUCUUUGGUUUGAGGAGGUGGAUUGCUGACCAGAACCCUAACAUCGAAUCGAUCUUGAGCCAGCUGUGUCCUUCCCUGCACGCCUAAACCAUUUAUCAAAAUGUUUAUCACUAUUCUCCAUGGAGAUCAUGAAAAGACACUAUUUAAUUCUCACUGCAAAGUAGAGGCACUGUUGAACAGCAUCAAGCAGUACUGUGGUUGCGAGCCUGAAGGCAUGAUUGAACUGGCAGAUGAGAGCGGUCAGUUGAAAAACCUUCUCCAGUACCCCCAACUCUAUGCCUCUGAACUGCUCAAGCCUCGAGAAACCUAUAUCCCUUUCACCGUAACACGACCUGAAGAUUCAUCAGAGCCAGUGUUUGUGGCACUAUUAAAGGAUGAUGAAGUUGUUGACUCUAAAUUUCUAGCUACCCUGAGGCUUGCUGAAAACUCCAACUCCCCAGUGUCUGAGAAACAGACAAAAUCUGGGAAGACCAAGAGAAAAACCUUGACUGCUGAAGCUCUGAGUCGAAAGGCAAACUGAGAACCUCCCCAAGGAGCAACAGGAAGCAUCAUGGGACCUAGGGAGAUGUGCUGGAUACAGACUUGGAGGACAUGAGUUUCAAUCCUGACCCUGACACAUAUUACCAAUAUGUGAGGUGACCUUGAGCAAAUCCCUUCACCCUCUCUGGGCCUCAGUUUAUGUAUCUAUAAAAUGAGUGGGUUGGACAAAAAAUCUCUAAGGUCCCAUCUGGCUUUAAUUUUGUGAAACUAGAAACCAUGCAUCCAUUCAAGUCCCAAUCAUGUCCUUUAUGUGGGAUGGGAGGCACCGUGAAAGGGCAUGAUGGCAAAGCAUCUGCUUUAGCUGGUAGUAAAACAUUUCCACAAUCUGUAAUAAAUAACAUACACAUACACAUACACAUAUGGAGCUAGAAAUGUAUCCAUACUUCGUGGCUUAUUAGUAGCAGAUUUUUAUCCCAGGUUGUCUCACCACUACAUACUUGUGCACCCUCUUCUCCUUGCCAGUCCAAUUUCCCAGUCCCAAUUAGUUGGCCUACACUCAGGGAAAACUAGUGAUGUGGAUAUUAUUUCAGAAGAUCUUUGGUUUUGUCUAUAUGAUUCCAUUCAACAAAAGUUUAUUAAGUAUCUAGCAUGGCAGUAAAACAUGGGAAUAUGGUGACAAAAUAGUCCCUGCUCUCCAGGAGUUGAUGUUCUCUUGGAAAGAUAACCACAUGUAUGUAGGUAAGUAUACACAAAGUAAUACAAAGUAGUUCGAAAAGGGAGAGAGUGCUAAAAGCAGAAAACUGGGAAAGGCCUCCUGCUAGCGUGGGGAGUUUUCCUGUGCUUUGAAGGAAGUAUGAAAAUGGGGGUCCCAGAGCCCCUCCAUUUGAGGGACCUUGCCUGACAUCUUUUAAGACCAGCCCAGAGUCAGGAGAAUUGCAAAGGAAAUGUAGAUUGACCUUCCUAACUACCUAAAGGAAGUUAACUCACCUAGUCGACCCCCCAAGUCAUGUUAAUCAAUGGACGGGCCAAUUAGCUUGGAUCAAUGUGCAGUGACCCACUUCUACCAGAGAGAGGAUAAAAACCUUUGGGGCAGGGGGGUCACCCUCUUCUCUCCCUGCUCUUCUUGCUGCACCUCUCCCUAUCCUGGAAUUUUAUGCUGGGCCUGAGAUGCUGGAGGAUGCAGCCAUGUGGUCUCUCUCUCUCUCUCGU